GUCGCGUUCAACUCCCACUUUUGCGACAAACACUGGUUCUCCGCACAACAUAGCCCAAGCCAUGUCUGUGCUUCUAGAAACAUCACUUGGGGAUAUCACCAUCGACUUGUUGGUGGACGAUGCGCCGAGAUGUUGUGAAAACUUCCUCAAGCUAUGCAAAGUAAAGUAUUACAACUUUGCGCCCGUGCAUAGCGUCCAGCCAAACUUCUCUUUCCAAACCGGCGACCCCAUCGGCCCUGGUGCCAAAGACAGCGAUGGCGGUCGUUCGAUAUGGGGCCUGCUCGACCCCUCGCAACCCGCAAAGAAGACGUUCAUUCCAGACUUCAACCCAAAGCUCAAGCACACGGAGAUGGGCACAGUCAGCAUGGCAACAGCACCAAACCCAGACGACCCCGAUGAGCGAUUUGCUGGUAGCCAAUUUAUUGUGACGCUGGGGCCAAACAUUGACUAUCUCAAUGGCAAGGCCGCCAUUUUUGGGACAGUCGUCGAGGGAUUUGAUACGUUGGAAAAAAUCAACACAGCAUACGUCGACGACCAGGGUCAGCCACUCAAAGACAUUCGCAUAUUGCAUACAGUCGUUCUCGACGAUCCAUACGAUGAUCCCGCUGGCCUUGUUGAGCCACCCGAAAGCCCCGCACCCUCAGCAGCGCAACUCGCUACAGUCCGUGUCGCCUACGAUGAGAAUCUCGAGGAGGAAAACGAUCCAGAAGCGCUCGAAAAGAUCCGUCGAGAACGUGAGGCGCGCGCGCAAGCUCUCACGCUGGAAAUGGUUGGCGAUCUGCCAUUUGCCGAAGUUGCACCGCCUGAAAACGUGCUGUUUGUGUGCAAGUUGAAUCCUGUGACACAAGACGAGGAUCUAGAACUCAUCUUUUCGCGAUUUGGCAAGAUUCUUAGUUGCGAAGUCAUUAGAGAUAAGCGCACAGGUGACAGCCUGCAAUACGCCUUUAUCGAAUACGCCAAUCAGAAAGACUGUGAACAGGCGUAUUUCAAGAUGGACGGUGUCUUGAUCGAUGAUCACCGCAUACAUGUCGACUUUUCACAAUCAGUCUCAAAGAUUGCAGAUGAUUGGCGAGACGUGACAAACAAGAAGAGGAGACGAGCUGCGGGUGGAUUUGGUGGUAUCGACAAUCUUGAGAGGAAGAGACAGUACCGUGACGGUCCCGGGCGCCAAAUCAUGUCUGACUCGGUUGUCAAUAACUUGGUUGCUGAUUCCGAUCCACCCAAAGACGCAGCACCACGGACCCGUGAUACCAGCAGAGAUGUGCGGAGAGACGACACACGAAGGCGCGAACGAAGAACAGAAUACCACGAUGAUCGCUUCAAGCGCAACCGCAGCCGCAGCCCUAAACGCGACCGUAGGGAUGGCGAUGAUGGCAGAUAUCACGACCGGAGACGAGAGCGAAGCCGCAGUCCCGACCGUCGGCGUGAUAACCGUCGUGACAGGAGCCGGGAUCGCUAUCGUCGCGACGAUCGUGACCGCGACCGUCGACGAUGAGAAUUUGUUGUUUCAGAUGCCUUUUUUUUCAGCGUUCAAUUUGGCACGCAUGCUAGCGAGAGAAGUGGGACUUUAAUGUAACAUCCAAUGUUCCAUAUUCAAAUAGUUCAGAAUAUGCAAUUCUCAGGUGCUGGGGACGCCAAUACUACUGGGGCUGGUUUCUAAGGCUUCAAAGUGCGAAUCCUUCGCUCCAAGUGUGUGCAGUCUUGUGUAUCGUUGUACGUUGUUCGAGACUCUGGGUCCGGAACACACUCAUUCACUGCUUUUACAAACUCUGACAUAGUUCGUCUUUUUUUUCUCUUUCCAAAUCUUGUAACGCAAAUCAUUCGUGGCAUUUGUGCUCUAACAUUAAUUCGUCGUUACAUUCAUCAUGUGCACAUGCAUGAUCGACAACAACACAUACAAAGACAAAUAGGAUAACUAAU